AUGGGAAACUCUUUGAGAUGCAUCUCACAAGACCAAGAACAGAACCAAAAGAAACCCACCGUCGUCAACGGAGAAGGAGAGAGUAGCAACUCCGAGAAACACGUGCGUAGGCUAUCUCUAAUACCAUCUUUCCGUCGCCGGACUUUACUACCAUCCCUCUCAUGCGCCGGAUCAUCAACCUCUGGCUCGUCCACGUCCAAGAAAGGAGGAGCUGGGGUCAAGACUAAGAAGAAGAUCAGAGAAAGACACCACCAAGAGCAUCAUCACAAUGAUCACGAGAAAGACUCACGUAUCCAAGAACAAACCUUAGCUGCUACUAAUGUCCUCUUUAGCCAGACACCUCGUAACAGCAACUCUGCUCCUCCUUUUAGACGGUCUACCUCCGUUGUGUAUCCAUCCUCUCAGCCACCUCCUUCCGCCGUGGCUGCUGUUACGGGUUCUGUUUCUGGCGUCCUGACUCCUAAGAAGUCUACUUGUGGAUUCGUGAGAAGCUCCAGCAAUAGGCAGAGAGCAAGCACGGAUCCUGUUCUUAAACCUAACCAGCUUCUAGACAAGGCAAGCACAUUUGAUUCAACAUAUAUUGUUUAUUUAUAA